AUGCCGCAAGCAAAUGUAGACUUUUCAUUGAAGGAGACUUCACCAAAUAUUGGUGGAGGAAGAGUCUCCGGCAGUGAAAAGCUCACGUCAUCAUUCGACCUUGUUGAGCAAAUGCAUUUUUUGUAUGUAAGAGUGGUAAGGGUUAGAGAUUUGCCAGGGACACGUAACCCUUUUGUUGAAGUAAAGAUUGGUAAUUACAAAGGCACAACUAAGUACUUUAAGAUGGAUCAUGACCCUGAGUGGAAUCAAGUUUUCGCUUUCUCAAAAGAUCGUAUUCAGGCUGUCACUGUGGAGGUAACUGUAAGGAACAGGGAGACUAUCAAUGAUGAAGUUGUUGGGAAACUCGCUUUUGAUAUAGCAGACGUUCCUAGCCGUGUUCCCCCAGAUAGUCCCCUGGCGCCGCAGUGGUAUAGUUUGGAGGAUGAGGGUGGAAGGAAGGGUGGAAGAGGAGAAUUGAUGUUAGCUAUGUGGAUGGGUACUCAAGCUGAUGAGGUGUUUCCCGAUGCUUGGCACUCAGAUGCUGCAGCUGUUAGUGGUGAAAGCAUUGCAAAUACUCGUUCAAAGGUGUAUAUUUCACCUAGACUUUGGUAUCUUAGAGUUAAUAUAAUUCAAGCGCAGGACUUGGUGCCUAUAAGUAGGAAUAGGAACCCCCAAGUUUACGUCCAGGCUGUGCUUGGGAAUAUGGUUUUGAGGAGCAGAUUUUCGCCUGAUAAGAAUAUCAACCCUAGUUGGAACGAGGAUUUGAUGUUUGUUGUUGCAGAACCUUUUGAUGAUCCCUUGAUCUUGAGUGUGGUGGAUAAGUUGGGUAAUAAUAAGGAGCAUAUUCUUGGAAUGUGCACGAUUCAUUUAUCAAGAGUGGAGAAGAGGUUACUGCCCAUACCUGUAGAUGCUAACUGGUAUAAUCUUGAGAAGGUUGUACAGGAUAAUCAAAACAAUAUGGAGGUAAAGUUUGCUAGCAGGCUCCAUUUGAGGGUCUGUUUGGAUGGCGGAUAUCAUGUUCUCGAUGAGUCCAUUUACUACAGUAGUGAUUUCAGGGCCACUUCCAAAUUGUUGUGGCCUCCUACCAUUGGUGUCUUGGAGUUAGGAAUCUUGAAUGCAACUGGUUUGCUGCCAAUGAAGUCGAAAGAUGGACGUGGAACUACUGAUGCUUAUUGUGUGGCCAAAUAUGGGUCUAAGUGGGUAAGAACAAGGACAAUUGUUGAUAGUUUUGCUCCAAAGUGGAAUGAACAGUAUACUUGGGAAGUUUAUGAUCCUUAUACAGUCAUUACAAUUGGAGUUUUCGAUAACUGUCACUUGCAAGAAGGCAGCGAUGCAGGAGGUUCAAAGGAUCCAAGAAUUGGGAAGGUUAGGAUUCGACUGUCUACACUUAAUGCUGAUAGGAUUUAUACACAUUCUUAUCCACUAACAGUUUUACAACCCAAUGGAGUGAAGAAGAUGGGUGAAAUUCAGUUGGCAGUGAGAUUUACUUGCUCGUCUACAUGGAAUUUGUUUCAAUCUUAUACACACCCUUUGUUCCCCCAAAUGCAUUAUCUUCUCCCAUUAUCAGUGUAUCAAGUUGAGAGUUUAAGGCACCAAGCUACGCAGACUCUGUCCUUGAGGUUGAGCCGCGCUGAACCACCAUUAAGGAGAGAAGUUGUGGAGUAUAUGCUGGAUGUGGGCUCCAAUGUAUGGAGCUUAAGACGGGGCAGAGCUAAUGUUGAAAGACUCCUAGCUACUUGUAAUUUACUUGUUGAGGCUUGGAAAUGGUUUGAUCACAUAUGCAAAUGGAAGAAUCCCAUUUCUACAAUGGUGGUUCACUUUGUAUAUUUGAUCUUUGUUCUUUUCCCUAAUCUGAUUUUACCCCUAUUUUUUCUUAUGUGUAUUGGGCAUGGAGCUUCUCAGUACAGGAAAAGGCCAAGACAUCCUCCUCAUAUGGACACCAAAUUGUCUCUAAUAGAUUCGGCCCACUCUGAUGAAUUAGAUGAAGAGUUUGAUACAUUUCCAACUUCUAAGAAUGGUGAAGUUCUUAAAAAGAGAUAUGAUCGCUUGAGAAGCAUUGCAGGGAGGAUGAUGACAAUAAUUGGGGACCUGGCAACUCAAGCAGAGAGGCUUAAUUCUAUGCUAAGCUGGAGAGAUCCCAGAGCCACACCUAUGUUUCUAACUUUUUGUAUGUUGGCUAGUAUGGGUUUCUAUUUCAUUCCUUGGCGCUUAUUUGCACUUGGAGUGGGCUUUUUCACUAUGAGGCAUCCAAAAUUCCGAAUCAGCAUUCCAUCACUGCCGCAAAACUUCUUCAGGAGGUUGCCUGCAAGAACAGAGAGCAUGAUAUGAGAAUGAAUCAUUAGCUGCAGCUGUUUGGCUGGUAUCCUUUGCUAUUCCAUUUCCUUUGCAUUCUACAGAAAAAGUGGGGGCAAAUUCUGGUACAAUGUAGCUUGUUAAUUGGAUUUCUUUCUUCUCAAGUUUCCUGACUUCCGCUUUUUCAUCUAUUUUUAUGGUCAAUAUUUGGUGUGCUCUCUGUGUUUAAUCAGACAUAAUUCUAUC